GAAAACAAAAACAGGCAGAGAGAGAGAGAGCGAAAGAGAGAGAGAGAGAGCGAAAGAGAAAGAGAGAGAGCGGUCCCAUGUAGUCAGUAGGGCAGCGAAACCUGAAGGAGCAGGAAGCUCCACGUGCAAGGUCCCGUCCACCGGUCUUUGGUUCCGGUUCUGCCCACCUCACACAUGGUUCUCCUCCGGCAUAUCUCCAUCGCCUUGACCGCCGCCGUGGCCGCCCUGGGCUCAGCUCUCUUCAUUGCCCUCAACUACUUCUACAAGCGGCGCGUAUGGUCCCCGCAGGCGGCGUACUGCACCAUCACAGAGGAGGAAGAGGAGCGCGAGAAGCGGCAGGUUCUGGUUCUGGGCCUGGAUGGAGCCGGGAAGAGCAGCAUGCUGCAGGGUUUGACUCCCGGGGAGUCGGCAGCCAAAAGGGGCCGAUGCCGGCCCACCCGCGGGUUCAACUUCAUGAGCCUGGAUGCCCCCAGCUGUCAGCUCGACUUUCUGGAGAUUGGUGGUGGAGAGGACCUGCGACGGUACUGGGGGGACUACCUGAGACGGACCCACAUUCUAGUCUAUGUGGUGGACUCGUCGGACAGGCGCCGCCUCCCAUUGGCUAAGGCUGAACUGCACCGCCUCCUGAGGGUGGAGCCACAGCUGCCUGUUGUUGUCUUGGGAAACAAGCAGGAUAAACUGAACGCCUUGAGUGUGGCAGAACUCCACGAAGCCUUGUCUCUGGACGUCGUGACUGAUGACAGGAAGCUGUUCCUCCUCGCUGCCCAGCUGGAUGCCGAGGAAGCCAAGAGGAAGGCCUGCCAAGGUCUGGACACCGUCCAGGACCUCAUCCUACAGCUCGUCUGAUCUCACCUGGACAUGGGCUAACUGAGCCAGAAAUAGAGCCUAUAAGAACAUGGUUCACCCCUUUUCCUGUUUGGUGAGAGGUCUGCGCCAGACGAGGAGAUGAUAGACGGAAAAUCCUCCACCACCAUGGAGCUUUCAUACAAACAGCAGAAGAAGAGGAGAAACACAAAAUGUGGAAUAGGAGAUGAAGUUUUGAUGAAAUCAGGUCAAACUGUACCAGGUCUACUAAAGCUAAGUCAUUUUUAACCAAGACAUUGUAACAUUUUAUCUGGAGCUGCGCACAUAUUUUUUGUUGGUUUCUUGUAGAUGUUUUUAUGCACAGAGAAGAGAUUAAAGUGUUCAUUCUCCUGUAGAUUAAUGAAUGACACAAGCUCUAUGAAAUGAUUUCCUAAGGGGAUAAUUACUGACUCCUGUGUUGAUAUUUUAUUGAUGGAGAUUAAAAAUGGAGGCCUAUAACACUUUAUACAACAGCCUUGCUGUAGCUAUAUAAAGACAGUUUGCUGUUGGCGAUUGUAUUUAAGGGGAAACUAAAUGUAUUUCCAGUGACUUUAAGUGUUUGUAUUACAUAAUAUUCUUAACUUUGUAAUUUCCCAGCAUUUGUUAGCCUGGUAAAUAUGCAAAGAUAUUACGAAGAGAGCUAAAUCGCAAAUUUAGUAGAAGGUCAAGAGGUGUUUGAUAAAAAGUUCCUGAAUAUUCAUUUUAGCAUAUUUUUACCUUUUACCUGAGAGCUUUUGAAAAUGAACCAGAUACCCACUUUGAUUUAUUAUGGAAUAUUAUUACUCACUAUAGGAAUAACAAUCAACUUUAAACACUGUUUUAAACUCAAAAUUAAUGUUUUAUCAUUUUACUGGAGUUUUGACACCACUUAUGUUUGUACAAGUUUGCAAUUUAGUGUUCGCUGGAAAGUAAAUUAGACUUUUUUGUUUUAUGCAUAAAAUAAUGAAUAUAAAAAAUGUUUUUUAAUGAAGACAAUCAGUAAUAAAUUGUACAAUUUCCAGUCCUUUCUGCAACAUAGAGACCUUCUCUUUCACACAAAUGAGGUUGAAUUGAUAUAUUAGGUAAAGCGUUGCUGUAACUUUAAUCUGACAUCUAAAAUGUAAUUUGUAGCUAAAAAAGGAUUUUAUAUUUAUUUGUGUUUUUUUUCCUUGUAUUUUUUUUCUAUAUGUUGUGCUGAUUACAUGUUUUAGUCUAAAGAAAUUUGAUUGUAUUCUAGUUUAAAAUUGAACUUAAAUAAACUUAUGUGAAUCUUAUCUUUUCUGUUGACUGCUGCUGUGUAAAUAAAAUAGUUUGAAUGACU